ACUUGUGUACUAUAUAAAUAUAAGCACAAACUCUUGCUUUUCCUCAUCUCUUCUUUUCCUUGUUUUUCUUAGCCCACAACUCCCAUUGAACCAUGAAGAGAGAGGGUCGUCAACACGGUAUGGUAAGGACUUAUAUUAUCCUACCAUCACCACUAAACCCAAGACCCAAGACCCGGCCCGUUACCCAGUUGGAUUCGCCGCCCACUGCUGGGCUUUUCACCAAGGUGUCCUCUAAGCCCACCAACCACUCAAAGUUUACCGGCAAGUGCGGGACUCCACGUUGCACCGGCUGCCACCUCCACCCUGCUUGCAAGUCCAAAGACAAGACUAAGGGCACCCAGAAGGACAAAAAUUGGCGAGUCACGAAUGAACCCGACUUGAAUUUUCGCGGGUUGUCCGCAACCCGGAUGUUGGACCAUCUUUCUAGUUACGGGGAUGACUACGUGGAAGAUGAGAUUCACUAUGAUGUGAAUGAUCCGUGCAUUUCAGAAGUUGAUGGUGAUCGGGUGAACAAGGAUGAUGGUAUUUGCGUUUCGGAAAUUGUGUUUGACUUUAAGGUGGAUCAUGUUGAAGAAAAAUAUGAAGAUUGGUAUUUGGUGGAAUCUUGCGCAUAAUUGAUGAUGAUCAUAUUCUUCUUGUAUUUGAUGCUAAAACAAUUGCUUGAAAGAAAAAUGUGGGUAUUUGGAACUGGAUUUCACUAUUCAACAAUUUCGGUGGCUGCAAUAACGUGGAAAGAUCCAAAUUAUUGAACCACGCUUUGUACUUUGUAUUUGUGUUUAUCAACUUAACAAUAAUGGAUAAGAGAUAUAUAUAACAAA